CCUUCCGAAUAUUCCCGCCUUUUGGACUCGCGUGCAGAACAUAUCUAUUUCUCCCUCAUUUACGUGCAUAGGCAUAGGCAAACAUGGAAAUGGAAGUGGACACCGCUACAACCCCACAAAGCACCGUUGAUCCAGCGAAUUUGCACAAUGCUGAUGAUCUAUUCAAGAAAAGCGACGUCGUGUCUACCUUUCCUUCUGUGGGGACUACUACAGCGUACAUCUAUGAUGCCGCGAUGACACGGCACAAAAUGAUGAAUGGCAUGGGUGGUCACCCGGAACAGCCUGGACGAGUGACCUCCAUCCACAGGCUAUUGGCUGACAAUAACAUACUUUCUCAGCUAAUACGGCUAGAGCCGAGGAAAGUUACCAAGGAUGAAGUUCUAUUGGUUCACAGCGAAGCACAUUGGGAUGCUGUGCAACAUUUGCGAACCUAUACCAUCGAGGAAAUAAUGCAGACAUCGGAUUUCUACGAGUCUCAGUCCCUGUAUGUGUCCGCAGAGACACCUGAUUGUGCUGAAUUAGGGUGUGGAUGCACUAUCCAAGCCACGCUUGCGGUAGCCCAGGGGAGGGCGUCGAAUGCGCUAGCCGUUGUCAGGCCCCCAGGCCAUCAUGCGGAGCCUGAGCAACGAAUGGGAUUCUGCUUCUUCAACAACAUUGCGAUUGCCGCUCGUGUCGCGCUACGUGAAACCGCAGUCAGAAAGAUUUUGAUUUUGGACUGGGACGUGCAUCACGGCAAUGGAACACAAAAAGCUUUUGAGACUGACCCAAAUGUUCUCUACAUCUCAAUACACCAGUUCGAGCAGGGGACUUUUUACCCUGCUUCACCAGAAGGUGGAAUGGAGUAUGUAGGAUUAGGUGCUGGGAUUGGCAAAAAUGUUAAUAUCCCAUGGGAAGACCCAGGAAUGCGCGACGCCGACUAUCUGUACGCAUUCUUCAAGAUUGUUCUCCCUAUUGCUUACGAAUUCGCACCGGAUUUGGUGAUGGUCUCAGCAGGGUUCGAUGCUGCCGAGGGUGAUCCUGUCGGGGAUUGCAACGUUACGCCGAAUGGAUUUGCGCAUAUGGCCCAUUUACUCUCUGCCCUGGCAGGGGGGAGAAUGGUUGUGGUCCUUGAGGGAGGAUAUGACGAAAACGCAACCUCACAGUCAGUUCUUGCCGUAACAAGAGUGCUCUUAGGAGAAAAGCCUCCUCUUAUGCAGGGUUCAACUGCGUGCGCCUCUGCAACUCAGACGAUAUAUGAAGUAGGGUUGGUUCAGUCUCGCUUCUGGAAAAGCAUCAACCCGAAAUCGCUACUUCCGUCCGAAGAGGAUGGAGAAGAAAGCAUCUCGGCAAUUGAACUGCUAAAAGCCCAUAGAAAUCAGUUCAUGUUUGAGGCAUAUAGGAUGUAUACCAUACCCUUUGCUAACGAUCAACUAGAAGCCGCCUUCGGGGGGCAGGUCAUCUGCUCAAAGGAUAUUUACGAUGCCAAAACCAUGGUUGUCUAUGUCCAUGAUUAUGGCAAUUUGUAUGCGGAGCUUAAGCAUACGCUGUAUCUCGACUUGAACAUAGAGCAUUCCUUUAUGGUCGACUCCAGUCGUUCACUCAUCGACUGGGUUGUCGAGAAGGGCUGGCAUCUCCUGGAUAUCAACAUCUACCCUAAGCCAAGAAGCAAGGUCGAAAAAACGUCUAUGAGAGACGCAGUUGCCUACUUAUGGGACAAUUACAUCGAGUAUGUGGCCAUUGUUUCGGUACCGGCAAUCUCUGAUAUUUCUUCAAGACUCUCCGACGCGGAGGACGUUGUCAUAGUUGCCCAAAGUUCAGCGUAUAAGGUCUUGGUCGAUCUGGCAGAGAGCCGAGAUCUCUCCCGACUGGUGAAAGCAAUAGUUCAAGUCGUUGGGAUUCAUGACCAGCCCGCUUUCAUCAGGCGCAGAGAUGACGUACAAGCUGAGCUAUUCAAAAGCAUGUCAUAUCUGGCUCUUCCUGAGUCACAUCCUGUCCUGUUUGCGACAGGUUCUAAAGCGCGAGAUAAGCUACAAAGACGACAUCAGGAAGUGCAAGUGAUUGAUGCUCCGCGGGCCACGCAUUUGUUUAAGAAAGCAAUGCCGAGCAUCAAAGCGUUCAUUGAAAGUCGAGUGAAAUCCAGCAACGUCAAUGAGAUUCAAAUCUAAUUCUGCAUUCGUACUCUUAUCACCGGUUUUACCGUAAUACGCCUUGGUAACGCGGUCGACGCCCUUCGGCUGCUGCCCGUCACGUCAUGUAUAUUUAUCAGCCAUCUUUGUAAUGAUACAUGUUCCCGAUUCUAGUCACUUUGAUGCCUUCCUUGCCAUUCACAACUCCUUCGCAGAAUGGUGGAUGGGAAGGGUUUCUUACCAGCUCCAGAAUGCUGCAGGAGGCGUAUGAUUCUUCGACUCUGACUUUUAUUUCGCAAGGUUCUUGGAUUUCAGUUGUUAACACUAACGGAAAACAUUUUUGCAAAUGUUCCCAGCUACUAUCAUGCAUCGGAAGGCGUGGUUUAGUAUUUAGAUACCACCCUGUUUCGCCGCUGGGAAAGGCCCCUUGAGUCC